AUGAAAAAGCUCCCGCUAAGCCCGAAGAAACAGAUCAUCAACGCAAACCGCCACCUCCACCUGCGACGGAACAUCCCAAUCUUCUUCGAUCACGGUGCUAACGUGGACUCGACGCAUUCUAUAAGAGACGGACUAGCUCUGCUUAAGGCAGUCAGAAAAAGAAAGAACGUGCUAGUUGAGAUUCUCCUGCGGAAAACCACCGACCGCGCCCGCACAAGAGCUCUUGCGCUCGAGAUUGAGCAGGAGGACACAGUAACCGCUACCAUUCUUCUGACACAUGGUGUCUGCUGCGACUUUGAAGAGUCGGAUCGACCUCUUUCGGAAGAACCCUUGGCAUACCAAGACUACGACUACCUAGAUUUGAAGCUUUUAAGAGCAGAGGAUAUUACGCCGCCUCUUAUCCGGGCAGCCAGGCUGGGCAACGUCGCUCUGGUCAAAUUGCUACUUGCACACGGCGCUGAUGCCAACAUUUUUCUUACCAUGAGUUAG